AUGGAUUCGUCCUCCUUCAUGGGCGCUUUAUCGGCGACGAACUCUGCCGCGGAGUAUUAUUACUUCGCUUCUGGUAACAACAACAACAACAACAACAACAACAACAGCAGCAGCGCUCAAGCUGCGACGAACGAGAACAAGAGUUUACGAGGAGGAGGAAGAGCAGAUGACGGGGAAGCGGGAGAAAAUCAUCGCGCGGGUGGAAAUGAAAUCCAAGAGGAAAACCUGUACGCCGCGAGGAAGACGAGGGAAGAAGAAGAGGAACGUCUGUCACCGGAAAACAGAGAACAAAACGUGUGGCUGGAAGACGCUUUAUCCGUGGUCAAGAAACACGCGUUCCACAUGAAACGAGCGAUCGAGGAGAACAAUUUGCGAGAUUCCUUAAAAAACGCCUCCGCUAUGCUCGGCGAGUUACGCACGAGACAACUCUCGCCGAAACGGUAUUACGAUUUGUGGCACAACAUCGCGUUCGAGCUGGAGUUUUUGAGAGAGUUUUUCGUGAAUAAAGAAGAGAAACACGGGAGAUCCGCGAUGGAACUCUACGAGUUAGUGCAACACGCCGGGAACGUGCUUCCGCGCUUGUAUUUAUUGGUGUGCGUCGGGUGCGUGUACGUCGAAUCGAGAGAAGGGAAAGCGAAGGACGUUUUGAGAGAUUUGGUGGAGAUGGCGAAAGGGUGUCAACAUCCCGUGCACGGGUUGUUUUUGAGAGCGUAUUUAGCGCAAACGGUGAAAGGGAGAGGGUUGUUGCCGGAUACUGGGAACGAGUUGGAGAAAAGCGGCGGAGGCACCGUGGAGGAUUCCAUCGAGUUUACUUUGAGUAAUUUUACGGAGAUGAAUAAGUUAUGGGUGAGGAUGGAAAGGUUUAACAGACAACAACAACAACAACAACAACAAAGCGGAAGUGGUGGUGGAAGUGGAACGGCGACGCCUGGAGGAGCAGCAGGAGGAGGCACAGGAGGAGGGGAAGGAGAAGGUCACGGAAACAACAGCGAGGCGUACGGGAGCGGAAGCGGUCAUGGGUACGAGCAACACCAGCAAUUUGCGACGUCUCGCGGUAUCAUCGAUAGCACGCAACUGGAAAGAGAUAGGAGAGAAAAAGAACGGUUAGAAUUGCGAGAUAUUGUCGGGAAAAACUUAACCGUAUUAUCUCAGUUGGAAGGCGUGGAUAUUGAAACGUAUUCGGAAAACGUGUUGCCGCGAGUGUUGGAGCAGAUUGUGAAUUGCCGAGACGACGUGGCGCAGCCGUAUCUAAUGAUUGCUUUGGCGCAAGCGUUUCCAUCGGAGUAUCAUUUAGCGACGUGCGAUGAUUUCUUAUCCGCGGUGUGUUCGUUAAAGCCAACGGUGCAGAUGUCCGCGAUAUUUACCAGUUUGAGCGAGCGCUUGUCUUUGUAUUUAGACGAACCCGAUUUAAGCGAGGAAGAAAAAACGACGAGAAGAGCGGAGUUUGACGAGAAAAAUUGCGUGAAAAUAUUUUUGAACCGCGCGCAAGAGAUUGCGAACGAAAACAGGGAGAUGUCCGCGUUAGAGAUCGUGCAGAUAUACAGCUCCAUCGCGGAUUUCGCGUUGAGGCAGUAUCCGAACGACGUGAAUAAAAUGAACGAAGUUUUGUUGGGCGUGGCGAAAGCCUUCGACGCGCACAACGUGACGAGCGAAGACGAAACGCGUUUGUCCAUGUCACCACAAAGAUACAUUCGCGAUCAAAGGGCGGUCUCUGCGCUCGUAAAGUUACUCGCGAUACCGUUGGAAACGUUCACGGUUGACGUCGCGUUGUCUUUACACGCGUUUCCGAAAGCGUUAAAAUUGUUGAAUCCGGAAACGGCCGGGAGAGACUGCGCGUUGGCCAUCGUUCGAGGCGUUUUGAAAUCAGAAAAACCUCUGAGCGACGUGAAGACGGUCGAAACGUUGUUCAAGUUCAUCGCGCCGCUUUUACGGGAUAGCGAUAAUAAAUCGUACGAGAUGACGGAUUUGAACACGGAGUCGCCGAUGAAAGGAAGCGGCGACUUGUUGGACGCUUUGUCGUUGAGAGAAGAACGAAGAGGAAAAACGCGGGGAAACAUCAACAAUAAGAAGAGCAGCGACGGCGAUGAAGGGCACGAAGAGACCGCGCAAUUUGCCGAGGAACAAAUGGAUGUCGCAAAGUUGCUGCAUAAGAUUCACUGCCCGAACGAUUGGGACUCGCAGUUGCACUUGUUGAAACUCGCGAAAGUCACUUUGUUUUCGGGAGGAGAAAAGCGCAUGCGUUUCACGUUGCCGGCGUUGUGUUAUUCGUCCAUGCGAUUCGCGAAAGAGUUACUGAGCGAGCGAGAAUUAGAGGAGAGAAAACAACACCCGCCCGCAAAGAUGAACGACGAAGACGCCGCCGCCGCCGGAAAACUGAUGGAGGAGGACAAACCUAAGCGCACGCUCGAAGAACUCGAAAUUUUCGAAAAACAUCUCCAAACGACUUUGAAGAAGACGUUACAAAUCACGCACCAAUCCGCGGAACGGUUUUCUGAAAUCCCAGGAUGCGCCGAACGCGGUUUAGUCGCCUGGUCCGAAGCCGGCAUGUUUGCGGACAGCGCGAAACUCUCGGACAUUUCCUACGAGUUCUUCGAAAGAGCGUUUGAAACGUUCGACGAAAAAUUAUCUUCCGAUUCGCGCGCGCAAAACCGCGGUUUGACCUACCUCAUCGGCGCUUUACAAACGUGCGUUCAUUUGGAGGAAGAAAACCGCGACGCGCUCGUCCACCAUUGCGCGACGUUCGCGAACCGUCUGCUUCGCCGAGCCGAUCAGUGCGCCGCGGCGGCGAACUGCGCGCACCUCUUCUGGUCGCUCAAAUCCACCGCCAUCCGCGACAGCGAAGGCGUCAAAAAAUGUCUCAACAAAGCUUUGAAGAUUGCCAACCAAGCCGCUCGCGCUUUAGGCGUCUCUCCUGGCGAAUCUUUGGGACUCUACGCGCACGUCUUGAACAAACACUUGUACUUUUUUGAAAUCGAAACGUGCAAAGCCGUGGACGUGGAAACGGUCCAACAUUUACUGGACGCCAUCCGCGAGAUGAUUCAAUCCGGCUCGAGCGAACACGGCGGCACGGCUGCCUGGCGCGACGCCGAGGCGUACUUUGGCAAAAUCAAACUCGACAUAAAAAACAAACGAAAAAUACAAAACGAAACAACUGGAGGAAGCAGCGUUGGCGAGAACGCCGAAAGAAGUAUCGGCGGCGACGAAAGUAGUAGAAGUAGUAGUAGCGGGAGUAGUCAAUUCGCCAGCGAGCGCUAUCGUCGAUUGAACUUGUAA